CUUGGCAUAAAUGUCUUUCCUCCAUAUCGACAUUCUUUCGCAGCUUUGCCUUCUGUAGAUCCCGUUGUACGGGCGAUUUGCCUCGCUCAGUCAAACUCUGCCACUUUGCUCAUCAUUUAAGCACUCAACAAUGUCAGUUAACAAGAAAUUCUUUGUAGGUAACUUGGAUCCAUGUGUCAGCAAAGAAGACAUUUGCCACUUGUUUGGCCUUGAAGCCACUCCAUACCUUAGAUCUUCGUGCUGGGUGGAAUUAGCCACAGAUGCAAAUGGAAAAUCUAAAGGUUAUGCCUUUGUUAGUGUUCCAGAGCACAUUGCCCAACAACUAAUACGAUUCAGCGGUAUUGACUUUUAUGGAAAGGAACUGAAAAUAGAGCCAGCUAGAGAUAAAGAUGAAAAGGAAACUGCAGAUGAAGAGAAGCAAGACAUUAAAAAGAAACCAAAGACAGAAGAAAAGCCAAAGAAAACAAAUGGGGGUCCUAAACGAGGUGGAGGCAGAGGUGGUGGCAGAGGUGGAGGAAGACAGUAUUAUGGACGAGGGGACUUUCAAAUGUAUAAUCACAAUGGGUUUUACCGCCAGCCAAAAUUUGGCUCAAGGCAGAAAUACAAUCUUCCUGUUCUAGCUCAAGAUCAGAUUUUUGCACUCAUUGAUUCGGGCGUCAAUCUCACCAACAGAAGAUUUGCAGACAGUUUGGACUAUGUAAUCGCUAGAGCUUUGGCUGCAGGUGUCCAAAAAAUGAUUGUAACUGGAAAUAAACUUAAUGCCAGCAAGUCUGCUGUAGUCAUGGCGAAAACUCGUCCCAACAUACUCUUCGCAUCCAUUGGAAUCCAUCCACAUUUUGUCAAGAAUGAUUUCAAUGAUCGAGCAUUAGAGUCCCUGAAGGAACUUGUCAACUCACCAGAAGUUGUCUGUAUCGGAGAGAUUGGUCUUGAUUUUAAUCGUGAUUAUUCUCCAAGAGAAGACCAGAAGAAAGCUUUUGAGAAACAGCUCGAGUUAGCAUGCCAGGCCAACAAACCAAUCCUUGCUCAUGAUCGUGAUGCUCAUGAUUCAUUGAUUGAAAUCUUUGACAAAUACAAGGAACAGCUGCCAACCGUUGUCAUCCACUGCUUUACAGGAACGGCUGCAGAGAUCCGUGCUUAUGUUGCCCGAGGAUUUUACAUUGGCAUAACUGGCUUUGUUUGCAAAGAAAAGUUUGGUAAAGAUCUCCGAGAUGCUAUUUCAAAUGGAGUCUGCCCUCUGGACAAGAUUGUCAUUCAAAGUGAUGCUCCGUACAUGAUUCCUAAUUUAGCACAAGCCGAUUUAGACCCAGUGAGUGAUGCACUGCUUGAAUUCUGUUGUGAAGGAUACAAUGAACCCUGCUCAUUACCAGUGAUUGUUCGAUGCAUCGCAAAAUGCCUCAAGAAAGAUUGCAAAGAGGUUGCUGAAGUCACAUCUGCCACAGCAAAGACCAUUUUUAAUUUUCCUUAAUGCGUGGACACGAGCAAGUACUGACAAAGAGUUGCAUAGGGCUAUCAUUUGUACAUAAUCAAAGUUGGGAACUUUCAGAGAAUAUCUUCAAAAUGCCUCCCAUCUUGUGACAAGUUGCAUAGUUAUUUAAGUUAGCUGUGUAACCAAAAGCUUUUCAAUUUAAAAGUUUAUAAUUCAGAAAUUAUUAACCAAGAUUUUUAGUUAUCAGUUUUGAAAUGCUGAUGUGUUUGGCAUCAUUCAAAAUAUUACAUUUUCAAAACAGUAGGAUAUAGUUGUUGAAAGCAUAACAAUUACUUUAUUGCCAAAAAGUUGCCAAAAAAAUAAAGAGUUCGUUGAUUUGUGUUUUGUUUCAUGAACAUAGUAUUUUCUAUAGUUCAAAAAAUUUUGUGUUCUUAAGAUUUUCCAAGAGCAGGUUAAGGUGGACAUGAAAUUAUCUGUAAAAACGACUAGAUCUGCAGAAGGAAUAGCUGUCAAUUAUAA